UCCCUGGCCGCCGCUGCCCGCAGUCGCCCCGCCCUUCCCCGCCUGUCCCGCUCCUCCCUCCUUCCUCUGGCGCCCUCCUCCCCGCCCUCCUGCCUUCCUCCGGCUCCCGCGCUGGCUCCUCCACUGCCCGGCUGGGCUCCACACCUGAAGGGCCGGGGACGCGGCCGCAGCAGCGAGGGGCCGGGGCGGUGGGCGGGGGCCCCCGCAUGGCCCCGCCGUGAGGGGCUGCACCCCGAGCGCGGACCAGGACCGGUGCAGAGGGGGCCUGGCCGGCCGGUAACACUGUGGAUGUGAUGGAUGAGAAGCAGCCCUCGUCUGCGCUGCCUGAGGAAUGCAGUGCCUCCCGGGACCCCAGCCUGGAGCCCACGGAGGAGACCGGGGCCCAGAAUGGAAUGGCAGCAAGGGAGGACCUGGGCGGUGUCCACAGCAGCCCAGGCUGUGGGCCUCCAAAGGGCCCGGACAUGGCCCUUCCUGUCCUCAGCCUUGGCCUCAAUCUUACCAACGGCCUAGCCCUGGGGCCGGACUCAAAGGUUCCGGAAGAUGCCAUGGAGUCCCGGCCCUGGAGGGCUGCCGGGCUGGCGGAGGGGGCAGAUGCCGCUGCCGGGAGCCUCUCUGCAGACCCGGAGGGCCCUCAGCUGGGGCCGGGUGGCUCUGGGGAGCCUGACGUGCGGGACGGCUUCAGCGCCACGUUUGAGAAGAUCGUGGAGUCGGAGCUGCUGCGGGGCACCCAGUACAGCAGCCUGGACUCGCUGGACGUCCUGAGCCUCACGGACGAGAGCGACAGCUGCGUCAGCUUCGAGGCGCCCCUCACGCCCCUCAUCCAGCAGCGGGCACGCGACAGCCCUGAGCCCGCCCUUGGCCUGGGCAUGGGUGACCUGGGGCCCGAGGGGGAUGUGGGCCUGGCUGGCGGUGGGGCCGGCGGCGAGCUGGGCAGCCCCCUGCGGCGCUCCAUCUCAUGCAGCCGCUCCGAGAACGUUCUGAGCCGUCUGUCCCUCACCUCUGUGCCCAAUGGCUUCCACCACGAUGACGAGGACGACGAUGGACUCCGGGACCCUGGCAGGGAGGAGGAUGAGGAGGACGAGGAAGGAGACAAGUUGCUGAACUCAGUCAGUGAGCCAGGCCUGUCAGACUCGGACUCGGAGCUGAGUGGCUCGGAGGGGCCGGAGCCCACCAGCGCAGACCCUCUGGCCAACGGGUGCCCCGGGGUGAGUGAGGCGGCCCGGCGGCUGGCGCGGCGUCUCUACCACCUCGAGGGCUUCCAGCGCUGCGACGUGGCCCGGCAGCUGGGCAAGAACAACGAGUUCAGCAGGCUGGUGGCUGGGGAGUACCUCAGCUUCUUCGACUUCUCGGGCUUGACCCUGGACCGAGCACUCAGAACCUUCCUGAAGGCCUUCCCGCUGAUGGGGGAGACGCAGGAGCGCGAGCGGGUCCUCACGCACUUCUCUCGGCGGUACUGCCAGUGCAACCCCGACGACAGCACCUCGGAAGAUGGCAUCCACACGCUCACCUGUGCCCUGAUGCUGCUCAACACGGACCUGCAUGGACAUGUGAAUAUCGGCAAGAAGAUGUCCUGCCAGCAGUUCAUUGCCAACUUGGACCAGCUGAAUGAUGGCCAAGAUUUUGCCAAAGACCUGCUGAAGACCCUUUACAACUCCAUCAAGAAUGAAAAGCUGGAAUGGGCCAUUGAUGAGGAUGAACUCAGGAAGUCUCUGUCGGAGCUGGUGGAUGACAAGUUCGGGACAGGCACGAGGAAGGUGACCCGGAUCCUGGAUGGACGCAAUCCUUUCCUGGACGUGCCGCAGGCCCUCAGUGCGGCCACCUACAAGCAUGGGCUGCUGACGCGCAAGACCCACGCGGAUAUGGACGGCAAGAGAACACCCCGUGGGCGGCGUGGCUGGAAGAAAUUCUACGCGGUGCUCAAAGGGACCAUCCUGUACCUGCAGAAGGAUGAGUAUAGGCCUGACCGUGCGCUGUCCGAGGGGGACCUGAAGAACGCCAUCCGCGUGCACCACGCUCUAGCCACCAGGGCGUCUGACUACAGCAAGAAAUCCAACGUGCUCAAGCUUAAGACGGCCGACUGGAGGGUCUUCCUCUUCCAGGCCCCGAGCAGGGAAGAGAUGCUGUCCUGGAUCCUGCGCAUCAACCUGGUGGCGGCCGCCUUCUCGGCCCCGGCUUUCCCCGCCGCUGUCAGCUCCAUGAAGAAGUUCUGCCGACCCCUGCUGCCCUCCUGCUCCACUCGCCUCUGCCAGGAGGAGCAGCUGCGUUCUCAUGAGAAUAAGCUGAAGCAGGUGACCGCAGAGCUGGCGGAGCACAGGGGCCAGCCCCUGGAGAGGGGCGUCCGGUCCAAGGAGGCGGAGGAGAGCCGGCUGAAGGAGCAUUACCUCACGUUUGAGAAAAGCCGUUAUGAGACCUAUAUCCACCUACUGGCUGUGAAAAUCAAAGUGGGCUCGGAUGACCUGGAGCGGAUCGAGGCCCGGCUGGCCACUCUCGAAGGGGAUGACCCUUCUCUGCGCAAGACACAUUCAAGUCCGGCCCUUAGCCAGGGCCAUGGACCUGCAGCUGGCAGCAAAGCUGGGAAGGACAGCCCGGGGCCUGACACCUAGCUGGCAUGGAUGGGCAGGCCCCAAGGCUGGCAAAUGCCCCCAGUGGGGUCACUGAGCACAAUGCAGCCAGGGGCCACUCUGCGUACAUAGUUGAAGGGCAGGUUGGGGGGUGCGGAGGGCCCCAGGGGUCCAGGAGUUGGAGAGGCUGUUCAUGGUAUUGACCUUUAUCCUGGGGCUCCUCUGGGCCACAGCCCCUUCCCCCAGCCCUGGCAUUCCCUCCACCAGGAAGCAUCAUUUUGUAGUUCAGUGUGUGGGUGCCCCAGAUGCCAGGUCACUGGAGGAGCCUGAAAGGGGUUCACUUCCCAAGCUGCUCCUUCCAGGGCGGUUCCCCUUGUUCUGAGGGUAGCACCAACAUGGGACCUCGACCUGUUCUUUCUCCUCCCUCUGAGCCAAGCAGUGGGGCUGUAGACCAUCAGCACGGCUCUCUCCUCCCUCCAUCCUUCAGCCUCUGGAACCUGGACCCGGACCUGCUCGAGUGGUACCAUGCUCUCGUCUGGGCCCACCUCACCUUCCAUUCAUCAAGGGCCCCACCAGUGGCCUUUUCUAUGGACAUAGAUGUACAGAUGGAACAAUGAUAUACCUAAGAAACCCCCAUAAAGAUGGGGUCGGAACCUGCUACCAGAUAGAGGCCAGAACAAGAGGAAGGAAAAGGCCAUUUCAGGUCUCUGCUAUUUGCGAGGAGGCUGCAGUCUGGCCUCUUGUGACGUUGACGCUCCAGAGGAAGACAGGCACUGUCUGACCUCCUCUGACCUCACUGUCCCUCUUCCGGCUCACUUGUGACUCAUACACGCUUUGACAGUUGAUGCUUUGGAGUAAUUGCAGUGCGUGUGCGCACCACCCACUUGUGCCACUGGCAGCCAAGCUCUGAGGGAGAUGGGGCCAAGGCCCCGUUUCUCUUUUAGUCUCUCUGUCGGUGCUGCCAGGUCUCUGCACUCUAAAGGUGGCCUCUUGUACAGAUCUACUGCCACAGGAAAAGAAGACACUCUGCCUUGCAAAUAGCCACUUCUCAACGAGCCCAAAGAUGUUUGCUGAGGGAUACUUAUGGAAGCCAUUAGCUCUUGGUCUUGGGAAAAGGUAGAAGGACAGCUUGCAGAUUCUUUUUGAGGUGGAUGUUUUCUUUCCCUUCUAGUGUCUCAGAAACACUAAAGGACAUGUCUGAGAAGAACAGAGAGACUUGCUGUGUGUGAUGCUUGCAGACCAGUGUCCGUUAAAACCAGCGUUCCUCGUGCGAACAAGUGGUACUGACGUUGGCAACACCACGCAUCUCGAUCGUGAUGAGAAAAUCUUUUCUUCUUUGAAAUAGAUUUCUAUGGUGUGGUCAGCGAUUCGGCCUCGGUGGUGACAUAUUUAGUGAAGAUACGUCAGCCUUGCAACUAAGUUCUCUACAGUUACUCAUAUUUGAUGCGGCAAAGGCGAGCCUGAGGGGAGAUGUCGUGACUUAAAUCCAGAUAACGUAAUUCGGAUCAACUUCAGUGGGUUUUAUACCCAACUAUCUAGACCCUUCAUUUUGCUGAGGGGCAGGAAAUGCUCACUUAGAUGAAGUUGAAAGAGUAAUGUGGUGACCUAAAAGAGCUGGACUUGCUCCUUUUGAGUUCGGAGGUCAGCAUCCCGCCCUCCGGCUCUUGAGGGGGUGAGAGGAAGCGGAGGGGCAGGUCGCAUCUGCUGCAAACUGAUUGCUUCCCUGAGCACUAGCUGUGCCUCCCAGCAGUAAAAAGAAAAAAAAAUUUUUUUAGUUCAUUUAUUAAUUGUAUAAUUAUUUAUUGUAAAUUAUAUACAUGUACUACUGUACUAAAAUAUUAUGUACAUUAUAAAACAUACACAAAAAUAGAAAUUUAAAAAAGAUGAGAUGAAAAUAAAUCUAAAAGUUCUAA